AUGGGCCGGGCGCCAGGCUGCUGGGUGUCAGGGCACCCGAGGGAGCCGGAGGUGGGGCGAGGCGUGGCACGGCGCUGCAUGCUCACCUGGCCCUGCAUGGCAACAGGCAAUGGAGCUCUAGGUCCCUUCGGCAGCGGACCCACGCCCGGUUCGAGAGGCAGCGGGUGGCAGAGGAGCGAGGGCAAACUGGCAGCCCCUGGCAACCUGGGGCUGGCGGCAGGAGGCUGGGCACACCGUGGAUUUCCCUCCAGCAGCAGGAUGGUGAACCUGGAGUCUGUGCACGCAGCUGUCCCCGAAGGAGAACGUGGCCCCGGGUGUGGUGGCAGCCAUCACUUCAAGGAGAUGAAGAUGAGCGGUGAUGCGGCAGAUUCCACAGACACCCGGCACGAACCCGACCAGGUGGAGCCAGGAAAUGAACAGAAUGGGCUGGACUUUAACAGGCAGAUCAAAACUGAAGACCUCAGUGACUCCUUGCAAUCUGCAAUCCCCCCUAGGUCAGGUCACCUUGUGCAGGGGUCAUCAAUGAUGCCUGGAAGCCAAAUUGCAGGGGAUAUGAGCUCUCUUCACACCCUGCAGCAGCUUGUAUUGCUUCCUGGUCACAUGCAGUCAGUUCCCCAGUUUCUUCUGUCUCAGUCUCAGGCUGGGCAACAAGCUUUGCAGCCCAACAUUCUCUCCUUCCCUCAGCAACAAGGCAGCCUUCUUCUCUCCCAGCCAGGACCCAGCCUUGCAUCACAGGCUGUGGGCCGUUCUGGACUCCCUGGCUCAUCAGUUGAACCCCACCUGGAUGUACCCCAACAUUUGCAAGUGGCAAAGCACCUCACUCCAUCAGGAGCAUCUGAGGAGCCCAGCGAUCUGGAGGAGCUGGAAAAGUUUGCUAAGACUUUCAAACAAAGGAGAAUCAAAUUGGGGUUCACACAGGGUGAUGUCGGACUGGCCAUGGGGAAGCUCUAUGGCAACGAUUUCAGCCAGACCACCAUUUCCCGCUUUGAGGCUCUCAACCUGAGCUUUAAGAACAUGUGCAAGCUCAAACCACUGCUGGAGAAGUGGCUGAGUGAUGCAGAAUCUGCUCCUUUGGAUUCUUCCAUGAGCACUCCUAAUUCCUACCCCUCAGUGAACGAGAUGUUUGGACGGAAAAGAAAGAAGAGGACCAGCAUUGAGACCAACAUUCGCUCCACGCUGGAGAAGAGAUUUCAAGAUAACCCCAAGCCCAGUUCAGAGGAGAUAUCCUUGAUAGCAGAGCAGCUUUCCAUGGAAAAGGAGGUGGUUCGGGUCUGGUUCUGCAACCGGCGCCAGAAGGAGAAGCGGAUCAGCUGCCCAAUGCCAUCCCCCAUCAAAUCACCUAUCUACAACUCCAGACUGGUCUCUACCUCAGGGUCCUUGGGGCCCCUCUCAGUCAAUCCGGUGCACAGCACCAUGCCUGGGACUGUAACAUCAUCGUGUUCCCCAGGAAACUCCAGCAGGCCCUCCUCCCCUGGCAGUGCCCUCCAUGCCAGCAGCCCCGGCACAGCCCAGAGCAACUCCAAAGCUGCAAUGAACUCGUCCGGUUUCAACUCUUCAGGAUCUUGGUACCGAUGGAAUCAACCUACCUACCUCCACUGA